AUGCCCGUGAUCUUGUACACGUGUCCACGUGGACUCGUGCCAGGAAUGCCAGAAUGUAACCAACCUUACGGUGACCCCACCGCGCCUUGCCCAAAAUCGCAAAAAGCAGACAGUUGUCCUCCGGUAAUUGGAUCUACUAUCUUUUAA